AUGAUGGUUUUAUUAAAAGGUGCUUCUCACAAAAAGGUGAUUUUUUCAUGUUUUUUACUGGUUAUUUUCCUUGCAAUCAUCUCCCAAACCUUAGCAGGGGACCAAGGAAGCAGCAACACUCAAAAUUCCUCACAAAAUGGAAGCUCUUAUAAGGGGAACUUUUUGUAUUUAUCUUUGAACAAGUAUGUCUGGGUUCAUGAUGCUUGCAGUUGGUUCCAUGCUCUAAUGUGUAUUACUUGCUAUGGAGUUAUUACUUAUAAGGUUUACAACGAUAGGAGUGCAUUAGGAAUUUCCAUGCAAACCUUAUGUGCGCUAUGCUUUUCCGAAUUUUGUGGUGCUCUUCUGAAUGUGUGGUUUUCUUUGUAUACUGGAAUUAUGUUGGACUGGUCAUUUCAAAUUGAUAUCAUUUCGACAUUUCUUUCAGUACUAUGCUUAUAUACUGUUUGGAGAAAGUUCUCAAACUCUAUUGAAGAUCAAUAUGAUACUUUUGGUCUCAAUAUUCUUGUAAGGAUACUUUCUGUUCUGGGUUCUAAUUCCGUAGAUAAGGAUGCUAUUCGAAGUGGAGAAAGAGCAGGAAAAAUCAAACCUACUGGUAUUGCAGGAUCCAUUUCUCGUUCCUUAUAUUGGCUUGUACUUUACAUUUUAGCCAUUCCACUUUCUUUCAUCUUCCUGAUGUUUAGAACCAGAAGAAGACUUGGCCUAAUCACUUCCCUUUUGGCUUAUGACGAUGCAGUUAGAGCAUUGGCCCUAGUUCCUCAAUUAUAUAUGUUUCAUAUUAAAAGCCCAAGAAAGGUUUCAGAGCAUUUGGCACUAUUUGUAGUCUUUGAAUUUGUACUCAAAGUGUUGGCACUAUUCUACUGGAUCUCAAUGCCUCUUUUUAGGUUGCCUCAUGAGUCAAGGAACUAUAAUAUAGUUGUCCAAAUAUUCAAUAUAGGAAUUUUGUUGGACUUUGCUUAUCACUAUUUCAGAGCUAAAUUCAACGGGGAGAAAACACUCCAGUAUGCAUCUGACUUAAUUAUCCCAUUUUCACUUUGA